CACCACUAUCCAUAUACACUCCACCUUUGCAUCGUUUCAUGUUAAGAGAUCGACGCACGGCCUUAGAGAUGACUGUUGACAAAUUGAACAUUUUUGGCGGCAAGGAGCCAUGGAACCCCUCUGACUGGACGGCAAGCGACGACCGUGUGCGCGGAGGCUCUUCCCAAUCCUAUUUUCACGCCAAUGCAUACGAACCUAUAGCACGCUUCUACGGCGAGCUGGACUACAAGACUCUUGGUGGUGCUGGAUUUGCUUCCCAACGUACUACUGGUGAGAAUCGUUCGUGGGAUCUGAGCUGCUACACCGGCAUCGAAUUGGACAUUGAGAAAGCCGACACGAAGCGCUACACUUUCAAUCUCAAGGACGAAUUACUGGCAAGGGAUCCAGAAAAUGGACGAGAGCAGGCGAGUGUGUCGUAUGAAUACGACUUUGAAAUUUCAGAUGCUCAGGCGCAGGCGGAGAGCACUGUCAUCUACAUUCCGUUUGACAACCUGAAUGCUACGUAUCGUGGCAGGGAGAAGGAAGAUGCACCGCCACUGAACACGACGAGUGUAAAGCGAUUCAGUAUCAUGAUGAGAAGCUUUUUCGCAACUCAAGAGGGGCCAUUCUCUCUGUCUAUCAGAUCCAUCUCUGCUGUGGCUAGGCGGAAAGAUGGGGAGGAUGCGCGGUCAAUGGUCAGUGAGAAGGACACCGGCGUGUUGGUUCCACGGUCAGCAAAGUGGAUGCUUGCACCAGCAGACCAUGGCAAUUGGAGACAAUUUGGUCAGUCUACGCUGGGGGUCAUUGCCGGCAUCACAGUCUUUGGAUUUCUCGCGGUUGGUCUGCUGCACUUGACUGUGUGUAAGCGAGGCUGAAGGCUGUGCGUGACAAGCAGCGUGCCGUACAGCAUGCUUUCAAUGAAAAUUUGUACAAAGUUGAUAUGCAACCUAAGAACGAAAAACUAAAAUGGCAAAAGGGCAGAUCAUUUCUACAUAAUACUGAAUUCUUUUCUUGACUCGAGAU